AUGGGCUCCCACGACUCUUUGAAUCAAGCUGAGGGUGCGCCCCGGUUCUGGUACCGCGAUAACUUCUUCCUCACAAACGACAAGACCUAUCUGUGCCCCAAAACCUUCAAUAAGUCCCUUGACGACAACUGGUGGAGCAGCCCCUUGCCGAAUGGACAACUCCAAAGGGUGUUGGACAACUGCUUGACUCUGGCGGUGUACUACACUCCCCAGACUGCUGAAGAGAUGAAGAAGAACGGUAUCUCUCAACCAAAAGAUGGCUCCCCGCACAAGAUGGUCGGCUUCGCUCGCGUGGUAACCGACUAUGUAACCCUGGCCUAUCUUACAGACGUUUUCGUCGUCGACGAGUUUCAGCGGCGUGGAUUGGCGUCAUGGCUGAUGCAGGCCCUCAAGGAGAUAGUCAACGAAUGGAAGCAUAUGCGUGGACUCCUCCUUAUGACCCAUGAUCAAUCCGCAGCGAGGCUGUAUCAAAGAGAGUUGGGUGCUCAAGAGUUCGAAAAGGGACCAUCAGCCGGCCUAGUAAUGCUGGAAAUGGCUGGUCCAGCCGAGAAGCCCAUGCCUAAGCAUUGA